AUGUCGAAGGGACCCACAGUUGGCAUUGAUCUUGGCACCACUUACUCUUAUGUAGGAGUCUUCCAACAUGGGAAAGUGGAGAUCAUUGCUAAUGACCAAGGAAACAGGACCACCCCCAGCCAUGUCGCCUUCACAGAUGCAGAACGUUUAAUCAGUGAUGCUGCAAAGAAUCAAGUUGCAAUGAACCCCACCAACACAGUCUUUGAUGCCAAAUGUCUGAUUGGUCACAGAUUUGAUGAUGCAGUUAUACAGUCAGACAUGAAGCAUUGGCCUUUAAUGGUGCUGAAUGACGCAGGCAGGCCUAAGGUCCAAGUGGAGUACAAAGGGGAGACCAAAUGUUUCUAUCCAGAAGAAAUAUCAUCUGUGGUCUUGACCAAGAUGAAAGAAAUUGCUGAAGCUUACCUUGGGAAGACUGUCACAAAUGCUGUUGUCACAGUACCAGCCUACUUCAACAAUUCCCAACAACAGGCCACCAAAGAUGCUGGAACCAUUGCUGGUCUCCAUGUGCUCUGAAUCAUCAACGAGCCAACUGCUUCUGCUAUUGCUUAUGACUUGGACAAAAAAGUUGGUGCUGAGAGAAAUGUGUUGAUCUUUGACCUUGGAGGUGGUACCUUUGAUGUCUCCAUCCUUACCAUUGAAGAUGGUAUCUUUGAAGUCAAGUUCACAGCUGGGGACACCCACUUGGGUG